UCCCAACCGGUUCACACAUUUUCUGCUUACUAGUAACUCGAGUCCUCGACCAUAUUUGUUAAACAUCAUGGUUGGCCUGUCCCUCGCUAGACUUCCGGUGGACAGCCACCGGGAUUGGAGGUAUAAUAAUAAUAAUAAUAAUAAUCGUAAAUUUAUGCCGCCUAUGCAGGCGGCGGUGAGUUUUUCCGAUAUGAUUUUUGGGUUUUUGGAAGAAGGUGAUCAAGGUUUGCCGGAAAGUGUUAGCAGUGAGGAAGGGUCUUCGGAGAUGGAGAACGGUCUAGAGGUGGAGGAAGAGAGAGAGAAUAAUGGUAACAACUUGGAGGAGGAUAAGAGUUUCUGGGAGAACCAGCACCAGAAUUUGAAGUCUACCCUACACAGGAGCAACUCUCUGGAAUCAAAGAUUAGGAGUGCAACGAAAGAAGCACUGAAGGAAAUACGGACUGCGAAUACAGUCUGUGCUUGCGGCAGACCCUUGGCAACCGGCUGCCGGAAAUGCCUGAUGGUGGAAGUUUCCGGUCGUCUCCGAAGUGCUGGUUACAACAGUGCCAUUUGCAAGUCUAAGUGGAGAAGCUCCCCAGAUAUUCCAUCAGGGGAGCACACCUUUUUGGAUGUCAUAGAAAACUCUAGUACUAGUUCAAAGAAAGGAGAGGUGAGGAUUAUAAUUGAGUUGAAUUUCCAGGCCGAGUUCGAGAUGGCAAGAGCAAGCGAAGACUACAACCGGCUGGUCCAGCGGCUACCGGAAGUGUUUGUCGGAAAAGUCGAAAGACUGAGUAACAUCAUCAAAAUUGUUUGCUCAGCUGCCAAGAAGUGCAUGAAGGAAAAGAAAAUGCACAUGGGGCCAUGGAGAAAGCACAAGUACAUGCAAGCAAAAUGGCUUGGUGCAUGUGAAAGGAAAGCAUCCACCCCACUCUUGUCAAUGGAUCUCUCUGUCCAGUUGCCAAAGCCAAGGGCUUCCAUGCUGACGGUAGAUUUGCUAGAGAAGUUGCCUAACGUGCAUUGUUCAGCAGUUGAAGUUGUGUGAUUGUAAGACAAGAGUACUCUUUUUUCUGGCUUAUGAUCCUAAUAUGGUCAUGAUGUUUCGACUACUUGGAGGUUUAGGAUUAUAUUUGUACAGACAAAGGGAUCUCUAAGUAAUAGAAUCAAAUACUACGUUUUGGUUUCCAAUA